CUGCUUGUUGAUCCCGCCCUCUCUUUGAUACAAAACUCGGUGAUGUCGCUUCGUCUUUAACGAGCUUGACCCAGAACCCAGGGAAGGAGGGGAAAAGAGGGCAGAAAACACUAAAAAAAACGGAAUAGUCUGGACAGGCUUCCCAGUAGUAGUCCAUUCCUCCCUGUUUCUGGGCUCGGUGGUUCGGUGACCUUCCACACAUGAUCAACUAGAGCACCACCUCUGACCUCGGCGUGAUCUCUCACCUCUUAUACCAAACCACGCCCAUAGGUGAAGUGUGUAUGGAGCAGUGUGAGAGCGCAGCGGCUCUGCUGGAGUCGGUCAGGGAGCAGGAGGUGCAGUUUGAACAGCUGACUCGGGCGCUGGAGGAGGAGAGGAGGAGGGUGGGCCUCCCCGCCACCAGCCCCUCGACCCUGGGGCGCCCCCUCCCUCACACACAGAACGGGCGUUUGGGGGAUGCAGACAUAGAACGACUGAAACUAACAGACUCAUAUAUAAACGGCACACAGUACAGGAUGGUGGAUCCGGCACACGGCGCUCUAGAUGAGAGCUACACACCAGAGGACGACUCUCAGGAAGUACACUCAGUCUUCUCUGAAGAGGGAACCACACGGCGAACAGACAAUGGGAUGAAGAAACCCAUUUCACGCACAGUCCUGCCUUCUGACUCAAUGUCCAUUGAUGGGGGUUUAUCGGUGCCUGGUAUGGGCGUCUACAGCGCCACACUGGACCGUCCCUACAGGCAGGUCGGUGGAGGAGACUAUCCCACUGCUACAGUACCAAGAAACUACCACUACGGCCCUGUAGGAGGUUAUGAUGACUACAGGGGGGGGCUGCCGUCAGAGGCAUACACUAGCCUGACCAGGGGCUCACACAUGGAUGAACGCUACAGGCCGGUUGAUGGCUACAGAACUCUGGACUCUGGUUAUCGGGCUCCAAGCCGCCAGCAGCUGGACCCAUAUGCAGCGCAGCCCCAGGUGGGCCGAGGAAUGAGGGGCAUGGGCUCAGCCAUGGAGAUGCGGUAUGGCCACGGCCACUACGGUAUGGAGGAUGAUCAGCGCAGCGUGGGAUACGAUGACUAUGGCAUGGGGCCUCCACCCAUUCACCCUGGAGGUUAUGGCACCAUGCCACGCCUGGGGCCGGGUCCCGGGGGCAUGGACAGGCGGAGACUGAGGAGCUGUGAGGAUACUUUGGAUGGUGACAUGGGAGGAGUUGACCCUUAUGCUUGGGGUGUUCCCAUGACGAUGGAGAGAGGGAGCAUGGCUUCACUGGACAGCACAUUGAGAAAGGCACCUAACGCUUCGUGGAGACAACCAGAGCUACCAGAGGUGAUCGCCAUGUUGAACUAUCGUCUGGACCCUGUCAAGACCAACGCUGCUGCCUUCCUCCAGCAUCUCACAUUCAAAAAUGACAAGGUCAAGUCAGAGGUGCGACGCCUGAAGGGCAUCCCAGCCUUGGUGUCGCUGCUGGAUCACCCGAGCAAGGAUGUGCAUCACUCAGCCUGUGGUGCCCUUAAGAACAUUUCAUAUGGGCGAGACCAAGACAACAAGAUCGCCAUCAAGAACUGCGACGGAGUUCCUGCUCUAACCAGGUUACUGAGGAAAACCCGCGACCAGGACCUCACUGACACCAUCACAGGCACCUUGUGGAACCUCUCCUCCCAUGAUUCAGUAAAGAUGGAGAUUGUGGACCACGCCCUGCAUGCCCUCGCUGAUGAGGUGGUCGUUCCACACUCAGGCUGGGAGCGAGGGAGCAACGGAGGAGAGGAAAGCUGCAAACCACGGCAUCUGGAGUGGGAGACCGCCUUGACCAACACUGCUGGCUGCCUUAGGAAUGUGAGUUCAGAACGCAGCGAGGCCAGGCGAAAACUGAGGGAGUGCACAGGGCUGGUGGAUUCAUUAAUGUACAUUGUCCAGUCACAGAUCAACCGCAAAGAUGUGGAUAAUAAGUUGGUGGAGAACUGUGUCUGCCUCCUGAGGAAUCUGUCCUACCAGGUUCAUCGUGAAGUUCCUGGCUGUGAACGCUACGCAGAGACCAUACCGGUCAACCAGGGCCCCGUUCCAGCUAACAAAGGUGGCUGCUUUGGCUCUCGAAAGGGCAAAGAUGAGUGGUUUUCCAAAGGAAAGAAGGAUGGUGAUGAUGGAAGUGGAGAUCAGGUUGAUAUUCCAAAGAGGACAACACCUGCCAAAGGCUAUGAGCUGCUGUUCCAGCCAGAGGUGGUUCGAGUUUACACAUCGCUGCUCAGAGAAAGCAAGAACCCCUCGGUCCUGGAGGCUGCUGCUGGUGCCAUCCAGAACCUGUGUGCCGGCAGAUGGACUUAUGGUCGGUAUAUCAGAGCCACUGUGCGUCUGGAGAAGGGCCUCCCCAUGAUGGCAGAACUGCUGGCUCAUGGCAACGACCGUGUGGUUCGGGCAAUGUCUGGAGCUUUGAGGAACCUCGCUAUCGACAGCCGCAACUGUGAACUGCUGGGUUUGCAUGCAGUGCCUCACCUUGUGGCCAAUCUGCCUGGAGGCCAGAGCCAGUCUGGUCGCACUCUCUCAGAGGAGACGGUGGUGUCUGUGCUGAGCACGCUCACUGAGGUGUUAGGUAAUAGUCUGGAGGCGGCAAAGAGCCUCCGAGCCUCACAAGGUAUUGAGAGGCUGGUGCUCAUCAACAAGGAUGGGAAGCGCUCUGACCGUGAGGUGAGGGGAGCUGGCCAGGUGCUGCAGCUCGUCUGGGCUCACAAGGAGCUGCGUCGGCCUCUUGAGAAAGAUGGCUGGAAGAAGACGGACUUCAUGGUCAACCUGAACCCUGCCACCACUAACGGCCCAAGCACCCGAGCUAAUGGCACCUAUGAGGACAGCACCACACCGCUACUGGACAGAGGGGACAAGAGAGACAUGAUUCCUCUGAAUGACCUUGGCCCUGAAGCCUACUCUACACUGGACCAGAGGGAAAGGAGACACACUCUGGAUGAGACCACAGACACUUUACCGCGAGGGGUGUAUGGGGGCAGAAAGGGCUCCCUGCCUCUGUUGGACUCCUACGAUGGUUAGCCCUCCCCCCCUCCCCUCUACCCCCCUCUGCAUGUAAGAGCAUGAAAAACUGAUAGUGUGCAUCACCCAGACUGGGCCAUCCCUGCCCUACCACUGCUACUGAGGGGAGAAGAUCCGGAUCCACAGACUCUCUCCCCCUCCUCUCCCCUCUUCUCUCCCCCUUCCUCUCUUUCUCUCUCUAUCGCCACACAGAUGGGAUCAGAAGAUGAGGGUUGGCAUCCAAAGAAAGUGGUGGUGCUGCGGACAGAAAGCUUCAUGCAGCACACACGUACAGACACACACCUACUUUUUACAAAUUCAUCCAACUGUAGCAACAGAAAUAUAUUCCAUUUAUAAAUUAUAAUUCUUCUGUAAAGGCAAACACCUUUGCUGACAAUCAUUUAAUUCUGGUGUUGUUCUUUUUUUUUUUUUUUUCUCUUGAUAUUGUCAACAUUUUAGGUCAAUUUUUGUCAUGGUCCACAUGUUGCUGCCAACACCCACAUCCUGAUGGUGAAUUUGUAUUUAGACUUCUAUGUAGGGCAUAUACUGUAUAUAUAAAGAAGAUGGGAUGACUGCAUUAGUUUUGGCUCAUUAAUUUAAAUUGUCCCUUUUACUGGGAUUGUUGGGAGGUUGGAACACACCGACAGAGCGCCCUGUAGAUUUGAGAAUGUUGUUUGUAUAGGAGUUAUUUUCCUGUCUAGAGUUAUUUUCUCUCAGUUGGGAUGAGCACAGGUGUAGACAAGAAAGGGCAGGUGUGUGUAUAUUUGUCAUACAGUAAAGCUGUGGCUGUGCGUGUGCGUGUGUGUGUGUGCGCGUGGAAAAUGAUUAUGGACCUUUUUGAGUGAGUGUGUUUUUGUGUGUCCACUAAGACGCCACAUGUUCAUUGUUCCAUCGUCCAUCAUGCCGUCUGUUUUUAUUGUCUCCUUGUGACUUUUUAUUUUCAUUUUCUUAGUUUAUAAUGUACUGACUGCCUCUUUUUGAUACUUUCAUUUCAGAUUUGUUUUAUUACUGCCCAAAUGGAAAAAAAUGACAGCUGCUUUUUUUUUUUUUUUUUUUUUUUUUCCAACAUUUCUGUUUCGGUUUAGUCCACCAGACCAGUGUGACACACCAACCCUGGUACUGAGAUAUGAAACCGUGGACAAACACUAAUAAACCACUAAAAUAUGUCGACGUACGGCUUCAGAAAUGAUAACCAUUAACACUAUAGACACAACCUAAUCUACUUUCUUUUUUUUUUGUCUUGAUAAACAGAAGGGACUCCUUGGAAUAAUUAUCUGCACUCCCAAGUCUUAAUUCUCUAAAAAAAAAAAAAGGUUUAUGUAGCCACUCAUACAUGUACAUUUGCAUACUUUUUGCAUCACUGUACAUAAAAGCCCAUAAAUUUGGGAGACUUCUUCACUCAGAGGAGACUCGAGUUUUAACAAGACAGACUGAGGAGACACUGACGUUUAAUUUAAAUUGGGAGAUGGACAUAAAGCACAUUUUGGUCCAUUUGUUUUUACCUUCUUUGUUGUUGUAUUUUCUUCCUCUUCUUUCCGGUUUGUUUGUGUUUUAUUUUGGGGUUUGUAUGUGAGGGAGUGGCGGGUGAGAGUAUUAUGCAAUUCGUUGUACUUUUUAUUCCCACUUUUACAGUUGAGUUGUUUUAACGGCAAAAGAGACCAAUCAUCUUUGUUUUUUUUACUCUUCACAGACAUAGUAUAUUUGUACUGUUGCCUAUCCAUGUAAAUUUAUGAUGUACCAUUCAUACCUGCCUUGGCUCUGAGAAGUUGCUUUUUUUCAGUGAAGUACGUAACUGCUAAUACUAUUGUUUUUUUUGUUUUUUUUUUUAUAAAUAAAGAUCUUUUCUUAGACAA